GAGUCACCGGGCUGUCUCAGGACCGGUCACCCGCCGGCAACCGUCCAGCGCCCUCCGACCAUCGCCUCCGAUCACAGCCUCCUUGCUCCAUCCUCGCUGCUUUCUGUGAGCCCAGAAGCAGCGUGGCCUACAGUGGCUGAAUCCUUGCUCAUCUCACUCGGUGGCUCUGGCUCGCCUCGGGCGGCCGCUUUUCCUCGGCUGCCUCCGAAGGGCGAGGUUUCCGUGACGAACCUCCUGGGACUGCGGGUGCCCGCUCGGGUCGUCGUGGCUGCUUGAGACUUGCUCGCCCUCUUGGGGUCUGAGGCCCUCGGAGUUAUGCGUGUCGUCCAGGCAGUUGCUGUGGGCGCCGGCUCCUAAAGGGUGUCACACGCGUACUCCGCCGACCCGGCAACCUGCGUUCAGCUUUCAGCUGUGCCUCCAGCGCCCUCUCCUUCUCCGGUCCCUUCCUCGGACUCAUUUUUUCCUUCCCCCACCUCUGCUGUCCUGUCCUCACUCUUUGGGUGCGGUGAUCCUCCUGGACGCGGAGGCGUCGGUUAUGAGCUGGACCCUUGUUCCUUGAAUUUCUCGGUAGAGGAACUUAGCGGUGACCCGCCGACCGCCGCGCCCCCAGGAUGGGGGUGAACGCGGUGCACUGGUUCCGAAAGGGGCUCCGGCUUCAUGACAACCCCGCCCUGAAGGAGUGCAUUCAGGGCGCUGACACCAUCCGUUGCGUCUACAUCCUGGACCCCUGGUUCGCCGGCUCCUCCAAUGUGGGCAUCAACAGGUGGCGAUUUUUGCUUCAAUGUCUUGAAGACCUUGAUGCUAAUCUGCGAAAAUUAAACUCUCGUCUGUUUGUGAUUCGGGGACAACCAGCAGAUGUGUUUCCUAGACUUUUCAAGGAAUGGAACAUUACUAAGCUUUCAAUUGAGUAUGAUUCUGAGCCCUUUGGAAAGGAACGGGAUGCAGCUAUUAAGAAACUGGCUAUGGAAGCUGGAGUAGAAGUAAUUGUACGAAUUUCACAUACAUUAUAUGACCUAGACAAGAUCAUAGAACUCAAUGGUGGACAACCACCUCUUACUUAUAAAAGAUUCCAGACACUCAUCAGCAAAAUGGAACCACUAGAGAUACCAGUAGAGACAAUUACUUCGGAAGCGAUAGAAAAGUGCACAACUCCUCUGUCUGAUGACCAUGAUGAGAAAUAUGGAGUCCCUUCCCUGGAAGAAUUAGGUUUUGAUACAGAUGGUUUGCCCUCUGCAGUUUGGCCGGGCGGAGAAACUGAAGCCCUUACGCGUUUGGAGAGGCAUUUGGAAAGAAAAGCCUGGGUGGCAAACUUUGAAAGACCUCGAAUGAACGCGAAUUCCCUGCUUGCCAGCCCUACUGGACUCAGUCCUUACCUCCGAUUUGGAUGUUUGUCAUGUCGGCUGUUUUACUUCAAACUAACAGAUCUCUACAAGAAGGUAAAAAAGAACAGUUCCCCUCCUCUUUCCCUUUAUGGGCAACUACUAUGGCGUGAAUUUUUCUAUACAGCAGCAACAAAUAAUCCACGCUUUGAUAAAAUGGAAGGAAACCCCAUCUGUGUUCAGAUUCCUUGGGAUAAGAAUCCUGAGGCUUUAGCAAAAUGGGCAGAAGGCCGGACAGGUUUUCCUUGGAUUGACGCCAUCAUGACACAGCUUCGGCAGGAGGGCUGGAUUCACCACUUGGCCAGACACGCAGUUGCUUGCUUCCUGACACGAGGUGACCUGUGGAUUAGUUGGGAAGAAGGAAUGAAGGUAUUUGAAGAAUUAUUGCUUGAUGCAGAUUGGAGCAUAAAUGCUGGAAGUUGGAUGUGGCUGUCUUGUAGUUCCUUUUUUCAACAGUUUUUUCACUGCUAUUGCCCUGUUGGUUUUGGUAGGAGAACAGAUCCCAAUGGAGACUACAUAAGGCGAUAUUUGCCUAUCCUAAGAGGCUUCCCUGCAAAAUACAUCUAUGAUCCUUGGAAUGCACCAGAAGGUAUCCAAAAGGUCGCCAAAUGUUUGAUAGGCGUUAACUACCCUAAACCAAUGGUAAACCACGCCGAGGCAAGCCGCUUGAACAUUGAAAGGAUGAAACAGAUCUACCAGCAGCUGUCACGCUACAGAGGACUAGGUCUUCUUGCAUCAGUGCCUUCGAAUCCUAAUGGGAAUGGAGGCCUCAUGGGGUAUUCUCCUGGAGAAAAUAUCCCAGGCUGUAGCAGCAGUGGAAGUUGCACUCAAGGGAGUGGCAUUUUACAUUAUGCUCAUGGAGACAGUCAGCAGACUCACCUAUUAAAGCAAGGGAGAAGCUCCAUGGGCACUGGCCUUGGCAGUGGGAAGCGUCCCAGUCAGGAAGAAGACACGCAGGGUAUCGGCCCCAAAGUCCAGAGACAGAGCACUCAUUAGAAAACAUUCAGGAGGAAUACUGUUGCAGCUGAAAUUGGUGGAGUUCAAUACUUUUUUCAGUUAAAUUAUUUUAAAAUGUUCUUCAUUGAUGGAAAGCAGUUGUUUCCAAUGACAUUUCUGUGGUUUUUAACUUUUUAAUGAAUUUCACAUAGGACACAUGGAAUUUGUAUAUAAAGAACUUGGUAAAAAAGAAUUUGCUUAAUGUAAAUAUAAAUGACACAAUUAGAAUAGACCCAUCAGUAUAUUUUUGAUAAUUUUUCAUGUAUGGUAAAAGUUAAAGUGGCAAACUGAUAUUCUAAUACAACAAAAUCAAAGUUUUGAGAGUCAAUGUGGGAAAGCAGCAGGUUUUUAGACUUUCUUAAAAGACUUUGUUAAAAUUUUCUUGACAUCACUGUUUGCUUUAACUUUGCGCUCUGUGUUAGGAAAUGUGUGCAAUACAAACCGGUAGUCACAGCCCUGUUAUUACAGACAGUACAUGUGUUACGGCUCCUCGUGUGCCCCUUCGACCAAACUCGUGAAAGUGUCACGUGUUAAAUUUUCUUUGUCUCCCUUCCCUUGUUCAUUUAUAGCUAAGUGACCUUUAUUAUUAAAGUAUAUGCAUAUACAGAA